UGAACAAAUUUGGUUCACCAUCGUUUUGACCUCUGGUUUUCCCGGUCUUGUUUCCAAAGUUAAUUAAACACAGUAAAAGGGGCAAAAUUACGGAGAAAAAGCAUCCGUUGCUUCUGAACGUCUGAGCCAGUACACAGACGUAUAAAUGGAGUGUGGUUUCCUUGAUUGGUCGAUUGGAGUUCUCCACUAACUACUGUUCUACAUUUCUUACCGGGCUUUUGUAGCUUCUGAAAGAAGCUAAUCACACUUGGAGAGACAAAAGAGCAGUGGAUUAGCGGAAAAGCUGUUUAAUAAGUAACAAUGGAACCCGGAAAACCCUCUGUUAUUGUUUCCAAAAAGCCCCUUCCUUCUCCUAAGUCUAUAAUAAACCAGAAGUUCGGUGAUAAAGCUACGUACAAAGUCGAGGAAGUCGAAGAUUGCAUUCAAAAUGCACGCCCUCCAGCUCUAGGAAUCCCGCAGAAGGGUCCUUGUCUCUACCGCUGUACGCUGGAGCUUCCAGAAUUCUCUAUUGUCUCUGAUAUCUGCAAAAGUAAAAAGGAUGCAGAACGAUCUGCUGCGGAGAAGGCCAUUCAAAAGCUUGGCAUCCAUCCAAAAGAAGACAACCCCACCCCACAGGAGGCAUGGGAUCAAUUGGUCAAUCGGCUGUCAUUUUUGUUCUCAAAUGAGUUCCUUUCUUCAGUGCAUCCUGUGAGCUGUCACCUAAGAGAUGCACUACAGAGAGAUGGUGAUUUUCGUGGUUUUCUUCCAGUAUCUACAAUUGCCGUCUUUGAUUCAAAGGUUUGUAGCUUGUGCAAAUGCAUAAAACCUGAAGUUGAGUCAAAUCUUUUGUUGGUCAUGGAACUUAUAAUCAGGGCAGCUGAAAAAUUAUCCGGUUCUUUGAUCUUGUCUGAAGACCACCUUUCACUGAAGAAAUUGAAUUCAUAUCCUCCUGAGAUUGAGCAGCCUUUAUCAAUAUCUGAAGCCAGUAUGGUUGAAAGUAUUCCAGUUGAGGUGAUACGUUUACCAUCUUCAGUCAAGAAUGCUGUAGAACCUUUGACCCUUAAUGUAUCUUUCAGUGGAUAUUACCUGGAUGUUAUUGCAUGUGAACUAGGCUUAAGGGACGCUUCUAAGGUUCUGAUUUCUAGGCCUAUCGGGAAAGCUUCCUCAGAGACAAGAUUAUAUUACCGUAUUCCCAUUGCUACCACACUUAACCAAUCAUCUAAGUAUCAUAUCAAUCAAACUGGUCAUCAUGAAGCAGAACUUAAUGUAAGGGCAAGUUACUUAUGCGGGCAAGAAAUAUAUGGCGAUGCCAUUUUAGCAUCUCUGGGAUACUCAUGGAGGUCUAUAAGUACACAGCUUCAUCUUUUUCAUGAAGCUUUGUCCAUACGUACAUAUUAUAGGUUGCUUGCGUAUAAGAUGCCUCGGGGAAUUUACAAAUUAUCAAGGGAUGCAUUACUUGCAGCAGAACUGCCCACUAUAUUCACAACACGAAGCAAUUGGAAAGGUUCCUUUCCAAAAGAAAUUCUCAUAGUAUUCUGUCGCCAGCAUCGACUAUCUGAGCCUAUCUUUCUAUGUAAAUCCUUUGAAUCACAACCUGCUUUGCAGGAAUCACCUGGGUCGGGUGGGCAGAAAACAAAUGGAAGUGAUCUUGAUGGGUCAUCAACAAAACCAAUUGUGUCAUAUAAGUGUGUACUCAAGAUCACAUCUAAGUGCCAGGAUUUGAUUAUACAGUGCUCACCUAAGGAGUCUUUUAAGAAAGAGGCUGAUGCAGUAGAGACUACUGCCCUGAAGGUCCUUUCAUGGUUGGAUUUAUUUUUUGUUAAACUUGAUGUGUCUGCAGAAGAUGUGACAUCUGCCUCCAAAGAUCUUGAUAUCCUUAUCUACCCUCAGAACAUUCUAAAGGAGUUCGGGCUAUGCCUAUCUAUGCAUUACCAGUUCCAGGGUAUUGGAGCACAUUCUCACAGUUUCUUGGCAUGUGGUUAUAUGCAUCAACAAAGGAACAAACUUGAUGAUGAUAUAUCUUUUGCAAAGAUAGAUGGCCAAGAUUCCGGAAUCACCCCAUGUGCUGGUUGUAUGGUUUGUGUGAGUUAUAGCAUAUCUUUGGUUGCUGAAGGGGAAUGUAUGAAGGAACAUAUUGAGAGUAGUGAGGAGUUUGAGUUUGAGAUUGGAUGCGGUGCUGUUUUUCCUCUUCUAGAGGCAGCUGUUAUGCAGAUGUCUGUUGGUCAGUCUUCAUGGAUUAAUAUGGAGUUGCCUCCAGAUGAGUUCAUUCUUGGUGCAGCUGGUGAUUCUGCAACGAUUGUGACACUAUUGUCUACAGGAAUGUGCUUUGUGGAGUGUAUCAUAACUUUGCUGCAGGUGACGGUACCUCCAGAGGACAGAAUGGAACAGGCUUUCUUUAAACCUCCUUUAUCAAAACAACGUGUUGAGUAUGCAUUGCAACACAUCCGGCAAUCAUGUGCUGCCUCUUUGGUUGAUUUGGGUUGUGGUUCUGGAAGUUUAUUGGAUUCUUUGUUAGAAUAUCCAACGUCUUUGGAAAAAAUUGUUGGUGUUGAUCUUUCCCAUAAAGGUCUUGCGCGUGCAGCAAAGAUACUCCAUCAAAAACUAAGUGCAAGUAUGGAUACUGAACUAUCAUCUAAGAAAGUCAAGUCUGCUGUCCUAUUUUAUGGUUCCAUAACAGACUUCGAUUCUCGCUUGUACGGGUUUGACAUUGCAACCUGCUUGGAGGUUAUUGAGCACAUGGAAGAAGAUCAGGCGUGUAUAUUCGGGGAUGUUGUACUUCACUCUUUUCGUCCAAGCAUUCUCAUCGUCUCGACCCCAAAUUACGAGUACAAUACAAUUCUCAAGAGAUCUGCACUUCAAAAUGGGGAGGAAGAGGACCAGGGGAUGUUUAAAUUCCGGAACCAUGACCACAAAUUUGAGUGGACAAGAGAGCAAUUUCGCCACUGGGCAACCGACCUGGCUCUAAGGCAUAACUAUGGUGUUGAAUUCAGUGGUGUUGGUGGGGAGGCUGAUAAAGAACCAGGGUUUGCCUCCCAAAUAGCUGUCUUUAGAAAUAGAAAUGAUGCUAUUUUGACAAUAGAUGCUGCUGAAAAGUAUGAAGUUGUAUGGGAAUGGAAUAGGGACGGCAAUUCAUCUUCUGCAUUCUAAGAGAAUCUUUGUACUUGGGAUCUCUUCUUUUUUUGCUUCAUUUUGGUUGACCAUAAUGUAUGGAAAGUUUGCUCAUUUGACAUUUGCCUAGACUCAAGCAGCGCUUGUUUAAAAAUAGACAGGAAAAUUUGCUCAUUUGACAUUUGCCUAGAUUCUUUUUUUUUUUCCGUUGAGCUAGUAUAUCUAACUUCUUAGCCACUCUGCCCCAAUUUUCC